GAGUGAGGGAGCAUGCAAAUGUUCUUAAAGUACUUAUGAUUUCAGUGUUCCAAGAGUUUAUAGCUCCCUCUCAUGUCUGGUGGUUGAGUGACAGUAAGAGGCAGGCAGAGGGUGUUUCUUCAUUGCAUAUCAGCCAGGGACAGCUGACUGGUUGGAAUUUAAUUGCUCUCAAGUGAGGUCAGCAGGAGGCAUUUAUCUAAGCGGAGUGCACAACGACAGUGGACGAUGCACAGAGUCAGUCUGCCAGAAUCCGAGAAACAUCCAUGGGAAUUCACAGAAGCUCCCAGUUCGUGCUUAACUUUACUGCAUCACUGGGUCUGGUUUACCACUGAGACUGCAGCUUUAGAUCUAAAAAGUCUUCAAAUUGAAACUCUUGCUGAAAGGGAGCGCACCUCUGCCAACUCCUGUCACCACUCAGAGCACAUUGAUAUUCUGCACACUAUUUCCUUAACUGGACUACAAUGCCCCUUGAGGGACAAGAAGAUGGAGCAGUAGAUGUGCGUCGUCACUGAAGUUUAAAAGAGGGGCAUCAUCUCGCAAUACAAUCAGCCAACUUCUGCCAACCUGCUUCCUCUACAGCCACCCUGUCUCACCUCCCCGCCAGGAAACAGUGCUGCAGUAACAAAAACCAGCAGGUCACAAGUGAGGGGUCAGGAGAUCCCUGAGCUGAGGAACGACGCACAGAUCUCUAUCUUGUAUUUCAGUAUGUUGUUCACUGAUCCCCACUGCAUUGUAUUAUAAUGCGCAAAUGGAUGCUGACAUGGAACCUUCAAAAUCUGUUCCCGGGACUGUACCUGCAUGCAAUCUUUCUGUUUGGCAGUGUGUGUGUAGUCUACAGUGACUGCACCCCUGAACAACUUGCCGCCAUCAUGAACUGUUCCAAACACGAGCGCCACACCAGGAAUUAUGACUAUAUGGAGGGAGGAGAUGUGCGCAUACGACAACUGUUCAGCGGCACGCAGUGGUUCCUAACUAUUGAUGACGCCGGCAAUAUCAAUGGUACUCAAGACUCUACCAACUGCUACAGUAUCCUAGAAAUCAGGACAGUGUCCGAGGGAGGCAUACUGGCUAUAAAAGGAAUAAAAAGCCAGUAUUAUAUUUCUAUGAACAAAGCUGGACAGCUGCAAGGAAAGAGGAUCUACAACGACAACUGCAACUUUAAGGAGGUUUUCCUAGAAAACUACUUCAAUGCUUACUCCUCGGCCAAGUGGACAAAAAAAGAAAUGUUCAUAGCCCUGUCGCAAAAGGGAAAGCCCAUGAGAGGGAAGAAGACCAGGAGGGAGCACAUUGCAUCUCAUUUCAUCCCUAUGAAAUGCAAGGCGGAGGAGAGGAGAGUAGACUGAAGAAUCAAAGAACUUACCUGCAAAACAUCUAUGAAUUCAGUCAUGCUAUAUGUGCUAACAGACACUUGAAUACACUCCACUCUCACUCCAGUUGCAGAUGAGCCAGGACCUGUUUUACAAAAUGUGGUCAUUUUUAAAACAGAAAACAAAAAAGGUCAAUUUGAGCACGCGAAACAGUUUUAAUCGUCCUAAAAAUUAGAAGUUGAAACAGGAAUUCUGGAAAUAUCACGAAAGCUAUUCUAUAUUAUUGGUGUUUUGAAUUGAAUAACGAUACUUCUUUAUAAAAGUGUUUCUAUAUAAUACAGUAAAAUUAUACAAUACAAUACAAAUACAAAUUAUACGAUGCAGUACAGUCCCGUAUUGUAUCUUGUUCAGAGAUGAGCUACAUUCAGCCAGGUGAGGACAAUCGUAUGAUCACCAGAAUAGUCCACAAUAAGCUUGACCAUGAUGUGCUGAAGCAAGCAGGACUUGUUUUUCUUUCUUUCUUUCUUUUUCCCUCGUGGUGCUCAGACCACACAGAGCAUCCAUUUAUCAACCAUCCUGUAAAGAGAGCUGGAGGCAUACAUAUUCAUACUCACACCUAAAGCCAAUUUAGAAUCACCUAUUAACCUUACACUUGUUCCUGCUUGGUUCUUUUUUUUGUUUUUUCCUUGGGAAUGUCGGACGAAAACCAAUCCAAAACAUGCAAAGUCCACACAAAAAGGCUGCUACUGACUGGCAGGUUCCAACUGUAACCUUCUUGCUGUGAUCGGGCAGUGCUAACCCUUCGAAAGUGAAGCGCACACAAACAGAGACGCAAUAAAUUGCAGUAGCAUCAUCGCUGAAAUGUAAGCGCAUGAGACAGUUACUUGUGGAUGAUCUGUUUUGUCCUUCCUGCACUGAAGACCAGACUCUGGCCAAAUGCACUGUAGAUGCUCGCCAACUCCCUCUGCCUUCGGGUGUGACUUUGAAAUGCUCGAAUAUUCUGCUGCUGAUGCUGCUAAAAGAUACCCAAAUUAAACCACAAAGUGAACACCAUAAUAAAUGCAUAUGUUAUGUAAUCUCUUUCUAUCAGAGUGAAUAAUCCUGUACACUAAAAGGUUAUGAUAUUUAUUUUUACAGAUGUUAUCUUUAGGUUACGGAUCAUUCCCAUUUUACUAAGCAUGAAAAAGACAAAAAUACACCAGGAGAUGUAUUUAUUUUCACCACACUCAUCAAAUAGUCGUAACUUUUAACUUCUAGGCCAGCUCUCUCUUCAUGAUAUCACUGCAGUAUCUCAGUACUAACUAUAUCACUACAGUACCUUGUUAUUUAUGGGUGUAAGUUAUUUGUUUUCUUUACAUAAAACAUAUGUUGUAUGUUAAGGUGUCCUGUUUUCUUACAAUGUAACCCACUUGGAUCUUUUACUGUGCAACUGUGGAAAUAAAGUAUUGCAGACUGUA